AUGGAAUUCAUCAUCUGUAAAAAAGCACUUCAUGUUGAGGUCCUGUUCCUCUUCUUCUCUUGUUUUGCUUUGAAGUCCAAUCUUGCCUCAGACACCAUCACAUCUGCUCAGCCCAUCACUGACCCUGAAACUAUUGUCUCCGCCAACAAGGUCUUCGAACUGGGAUUCUUCAGCCCUCCCAAUACCACAAACCGCUAUGUUGGCAUCUGGUUCAGCAAUGUCCCUGUUAGAUCAGUUGUAUGGGUAGCCAAUAGAGGCAGACCUCUGAAUGAUUUGUCAGGGAUUAUAACCAUCUCUAAAGAAGGCAAUCUUGUUGUUAUUAAUGGAGACAAGGAGAUUAUUUGGUCAUCAAAUAUAUCAGAAUUUAUGGCCAAUUCUAGUGCCCGACUUUUAGAAUCGGGGAACCUUGUGCUGCAGAACAAUGGAAAAACACUUUGGGAGAGCUUUAAGUACCCUUCAGACACAUUUCUACAGAAGAUGAAACUGAGCAUUAAUAAGAACACAGGCGAGAAGACUCUGCUGAAAUCGUGGAGAAGCUUUUCUGAUCCAUCUGUUGGAAUCUACUCGGCUGGAAUGGAUCCUCGAUCAGCUGUACAAGUGGUUGUGUGGAAUGGCAGCACGCUGUGUUGGCGCUCGGGUCCUUGGAAUGGUCAGGUCUUCAUUGGAAUAGAACAUAUGAAUUCUACUUAUAUCGAGCAUGAUAUUGUUGAGUAUGACAAGGAGGGAAGUGCAUCUUUGUUCUACAUUAGUGAAAUUGAUCAAAACAUGCAUGUUCGUCUAAACCCAUAUGGAAAUUUAGAAAAGGUAGUGUGGAACGUGGAGAAGCAAGACUGGGUGGCCACCUGGUCAAGUCAUAAAACUGAGUGUGGGCUUUAUAACAAGUGUGGCCAAUUUGGAAGUUGCAACUCAAACAAGUUCCCAGUUUGUAGCUGUUUGCCAGGUUUUAUGCCUGUUCACGAAGAGGAAUGGGAACAUGGGAACUUCAGUGGUGGCUGUGUGAGGAAGGCUCUUUUGUAUUGCGAGAGGAACAGGACUGGCAAGAAAGAUGGGUUCCGGAAGCUCACAAAAAUGAAAUUGCCAGAUUCACAAGACGUAUUGUCUGUUCCAGAAAGUGAGUGUGAAAACAAUUGCUUAAAGAAUUGUUCUUGCACAGCAUAUACAUAUUAUGUGGGCAUAGGUUGCAUGUUGUGGAGAGGACAUUUAGUUGACUUGCAGGAAUUUUCCAUAAAUGGGGCAGAUCUUUACAUUCGUCUUGCAUCUUCAGAGCUUGGUAAUGCCUUCUGCUUUGACGGCAACUUCUACUACUUGCUUACCCUAUUUAUUAUGCUAGAUGUCUUUUAA